AGCAAGAAAUUGAAUAAGUCGCUUAAAAUCAGCUCAUGAAGAAUAAGCUACUUUCACUUUGAACAAUAUGUGUCGAUAUAAAACGGAAAUAGCGGAACGCUAACAUCAGCCUAUACGUUUGUAAAAAUAUACAAACCAUCAUUCACUAUGUAAUUAGAAUGAUUUAACAAUUUUCUGGUUUUGUAUUAAUCAGAUUGGUGAGUGAUAAUGUGAUAUGGUAACUGCAAAUAUAUUUUUGUUGGUCUAGCUGAGGUUCUAGUUUCGUUUUUAUCUCGGUGCGUUAUUCAGAAUCAAGAUGGCGAGCUCCACAGCCACAGGUGAUGAAACCGUCGGUCAGAUUCUACUUCGUGCCUUUACGUCCUCUCGAUCCUUUCUCAGAGAAAAUCUUUCUGGAAAUUUCUUAUCAGCUCGUGAAAUUGCCAUAGAGGAAAAUGGAGAACUAUUGUCUAAAGUCGGAAGACAGGAAAUCGCAGCCAAAUUAUUGUCAACACUCAUAGGAUUGGCCGCUUCAUUCGGCAUAACAUAUUUCGCUAUAAAAUGGUUGUCAAACGUGAUGGAUCCGACGCAUAAAGACAGAAAAACGGCGACAGCAAGGGCCCAGAAAAUGCUUCAACUUUUAGGUGUAAAGGAUGUGAAGCUGUCGGACCACGAGCUUUGCAUUGCGGCUAACUUGGUGGAUCCACUUAGUGUGUCUGUGGACUGGAAGGACAUCGGGGGUCUCGACGCAGUGGUUGAGCAAAUCAAGGAAACCGUCAUAUUUCCCUUCAGAAGGAGAGAUCUGUUUUACAACUCCUCUCUGCUCCAGUCUCCAAAAGGAGUAUUGUUCUAUGGUCCUCCUGGUUGUGGUAAAACAAUGCUUGCCAAAGCUACAGCAAAGUGUGCAGGUGCUCGAUUUAUAAACUUACAAAUUUCCUCGCUGGUUGACAAAUGGUAUGGGGAAUCACAGAAGCGUGCUGAAGCUGUAUUCUCACUGGCCAUAAAACUACAACCAAGUAUCAUAUUUAUCGAUGAAAUUGAUUCAUUUCUCCGGGCACGACAGUCGCAUGACCAUGAGGCAACAGCUAUGAUGAAGACACAGUUCAUGAGUUUGUGGGACGGAAUCAUCACUGACCCUAACUGUCAGAUCAUGGUGAUCGGAGCCACCAACAGACCACAGGACGUUGAUGCUGCCAUUCUCCGCAGGAUGCCUUGCAUGAUCCAGAUAAAUAAACCGGAAAAAAUUCAGAGAAGCAAUAUCUUAAAGAUUAUCCUGGAAAAGGAACAGAUUGAGAACCUUGACUUCAAUAAACUUGGAGAAAUUACUGAACAGUUUUGUGGAAGCGACCUGAAGGAGGCCUGUAGACUUGGUGCUCUCAACAGAGUUCAUGAGGUCUUACAGAAAGCCAAGGAUGACUUAGGAGAGGAUUUCUUUGACACCAAACUGCCACCACUGAGAAAAAUAGCCAUGGCUGACCUUGAGUAUGCUGUGGCCAAGAUCAAAGAGUCCAAACAUCUAACUUCUGGGGCAAUGAUGUACUCUAAUCUGGACUGACAGUCACAUAUCCAUAGUGUUAUCUAUAUAAAAAAACUGCAAGUGAUGGUUACACAAUAAUAGAAGUAGGAUUUGUUUAUUUUAAUGAGAACAGCCUGAUAUUUAGAAUUCAUUGUAAUGCUGUGAUAGUUUUAAUUUUUUGUGACUUCAAUAUUUUUAAUAUAAAAAAAAAAAUUGCUGUGAAAAAGUAAUAUUUAAUCAAAUAAACCAUACAAACAAUAAUACAGCAGAGUAUUGUGUGAACGACUCAAGUUGGUAAGUAAUGUGUCAAGGUACGUAGUGGUUGUGUAAAGGAGCAAAUGGGUUUUUUUGUAUCCAUAUAUGUUAUUAUCACAUAGCCUGGUACAUUGUAUCCACAUCAAUCUGAUACAUUGUAUCCACAUCAAUCUAGUACAUUGUAUCCACAUCAAUCUGAUACAUUGUAUCCACAUCAAUCUGAUACAUUGUAUCCACAU